AUGGAUGGAGGAGGAGGGAAGGGAGGAAAGAGUAAUAAUAGGGGGGACUUCAAUGUAAGAACGGGGACAGAAGGGGGAGGGUGGAGCUGGGAGGGGGAUUUACUGGUGGAAGGAGGGAGGAGGUCGAAGGAUAAGACAGUGACGAAAGAGGGGAGAAAGUGGUCCCGAUUAUUGAAGGAAGAAGGGUGGGAGAUUCUAAAUGGGGGAGUGAAGGGCGACGAGGAGGGGGAAUGGACAUACGUAGGGGGCAGGGGGAGAUCGGUGAUAGAUUAUGUGGUGGUAGGUGAAAAGGUGCGGGACAAAGUAGAGAGACUAGAGGUGGAGGGCAAAGUGGAUUCGGAUCAUAUGCCGGUGGUGCUGUGGCUGAGGGUGGGCUGGGGAGGUGAGAAAAGGAAGGGGGGAGGAGGAAAGAGGCAUGAAAGAGGAGUGUGGACGGUAGAAGGAGUGCAGAAGUUUAAGGAAGAGUUUGGAGACUGGAGAUGGGGGGACCAAGGUGUCGAGGAGGGGUGGAAGGAGUUUGGAAGUAGAAUAAAAACGGCGGUGGAGAAUGUGGGUAAGGGGAGAAGAAGGGAACAGAUGAAGGAGUGGUGGGAUGAGGAGUGCAGGGAAGGGAAGGAGAGGUGUAAAAGAGAACUGCGCGAGUGGAGGAAGGAUGCAAAGGAUAAUGGCAGGUACCUAGAGGAAAAGAGGAAUUAUAGAAGACUGUGCGAAGGUAAGAAAAAAGAGGAGGCGAGGAGAUGGGAGGAGGAGAUAAAUGGGAUAAGGACGGAAGGGCAAGCAUGGGAGGUGAUUAAUAGGGGGAGGAAAAGAAGGAAAGGGCUUAAUAAGGGGAUAAGGCUGGCGGAAUGGAAUGAGUACUUCAGAGGCGUGUUAGGGGGGGUUGAAGAGAGGUGGGUAGGGGGAUCGGAGAGACGGGCGGAGACGGAUGGGGAAGAGGAGUUGACGAGGCAGGAGGUGCAGAAGGUGGCGAGGGAACUGAAGGACAGAAAGGCGAUGGGGGAGGACGGGGUGCCGAGUGAGGUGUGGAGGUAUGGAGGGGAAAACGUGGCGGAAAGUCUGUGGAGGAUGUGCUGGAAGGUGUGGGAAGGGGAGGGAUGGCCAGAUGGAUGGAAACAAGGGAUAGUGGUGCCGGUGGUGAAAAAAGGGGAAGGGGAGAAGGUGGAGGAAUACCGGGGGGUGACACUGACGCAGACAGCGUAUAAGGUGUACACCGGAGUACUGAGGAACAGGAUGAAGAAGGAGGUGGAAGAGAGGAGGAUGUUACCGCCGAGUCAAGCGGGGUUUAGGGAGGGGAUGGGCACGAUGGACAACAUUUAUGUGUUGAAUUAUAUUGUCAACAGAGAGAUAAGGCGGGGAAACAGGUUGAUAUUGCUGUUUGUGGACUUGAGGGCAGCGUUUGACUCGGUGGACAGGGAGAAGCUGGCGGAGAGUUUGAGGAGUAGAGGAGUGAGAGAGGGACUGGUGGAGAGAUGUGAAGAGGUGUUGAAGGAGACGGUAGGGAGGGUGAAAGCGGGGGAGGAAGUCGGGGAGAAAUUUUGGACGGUGAAGGGGGUUAGACAGGGGUGCCCGUUGAGCCCGUUACUCUUCGUGCUGAUGCUGGCGGACCUAGAUGAAGAAUUGGCUAGGGGGUGCUGGGGAGGGAUUGAGCUGGACGGGGGAGGGAAGGUGUAUUCUUUGGCGUACGCGGAUGAUCUGGUGCUGUUGGCGAAGGGAGAGGAGGAAAUGAAGGGGAUGAUAGGGAAGUUCGAAAAGUACAUAGAGAAGAAGGGCCUAGAGGUUAACACGGAAAAAACAAAGGUGAUGAGAUGUAAAGUAGGGGGAGGCAGGAAGAGGAAAGGAAAAUGGUGGUGGAUGGGAAAGGAGAUAGAGGAGGUGGUGAGGUAUAAGUACUUAGGGUAUGUGGUGAGGGCGGAUGGGGAUCAAAAGGAUCAGGUGGAGGAAAGGGUGGGGAAGGCAGCAAAGGCGAUGGGACAGGUGUGGGGGAUCGGGAAAAGGAAGUUCGGGAAGGACUGGGGAAGGAGGUUGUGGCUGUUCGACAAGUUGGUGUGGCCGGUGAUGAGCUAUGGGGUGGAAAUUUGGGGUUGGAAAGAGAGGGAAACGGUGGAACGGGUACACGAGCGGUUUAUGAGGUGGGUGCUGGGGGUGUCGAGAAGGGUACCGGGAUAUCAGCUGAGGGAAGAGCUGCAGAGGGAUGCGCUGAGGGGAAGGGCAGGGAUGAGGGCUUGGGCGUAUGAGAGGAAACUGGAAGAAGGAAGAGGGGGAGAGCUAGCAAGAAGGUGUAGGGCAGAGAUGAGGAAGAGGGCGCGAACAAAUGCAUGGUGUGGAGGAUGGGAGGAGGAGAGGAGGGAGUUUUAUGAGAGAAAGGGUUGGAGCGCAGAGGAAGUGGAGAGGAGGUGGAUGGAGGGGGAAAUGAGAGGAGAGGAAUUAGUCAUGGGGGAAAGGAGAGGGCAAGACGAAGAAAGGUGGAGAAAAGUAGUAGAGGCGAAGGGAAAUAAGGAGUAUAAGUUCGUGAAAGGGAGGGGGGUACCGGGAUACCUGAAGAAGGGAUGGGAGGAGGGGAGAUGGCAGAGGAUGGCGAGGUUUAGGCUGGGGGAAGAAAUGAGAGGGACUUUGUAUUGGGAGGUGGCGGAGAAAAGGCUCUGCAGGAAGUGUGGGGCAGAGGAAGAGACGUGGGAACAUGUCUGGGAAGAGUGCACAGGAUGGGGCAAGGAGAAGGGAUGGCAGGACAUGAGGGAGAAGGUGCUGGGAGACGAAGGGGACGGUGAGGAAUGGCUGGAGAAGAUAGAAAAAUGGAGGGAAGUUUAG